AUGAACUCCCUCUAUCAGCUAGAUCCGAAAUGGAAGCGCCUUCUGACAUCUGAUAAUUUUUUGGGUGGUCUUACGGUUCAUGAAUACGUGCAAGAGAUCAGUGAGGACUACUCACUGAAGAACACAGCUGCAACAAAUACAUGGGAACAUUUGGACCCCAAACCAUAUGUGCGGACCUUCGAAUCAACCUUGAGGGAACUCAAAAAACUGCAAAAUGAAACAGGCAAUGAAAGAGAGCAGCUUGAGCGAGACGUAUCUCGGCAGGAACUUAUACAUGCGAAUCGCGUUAUGUUACUAUCACAAAAGCUGAGAACAAUAGUCAAUCAUUGCGCUGAAUUGGAUGAAAGUCUGAGUACGGUUAGUCAAUCUGUGUCUCCCUUGGGUGAGCAGCUUGAAAAGGCCAUAAAACGUAAAAACAUAUACAUCAACUCCACUGAUUUAUUGUCUCAUUAUUCUAUGUUCUACCAAAAGGGUCACUCUAAGGAGCUCGAAGCUUUAAGAAGAGCAGAGGACUGGGAGCUUAAGGCAAAAGCUGCUACCAUAAUGAGAAACCUACUUUUAUUGACAAAAAAGAUCGAAACAAGGGCAAUGACUAGAAGCUUAGAAACGACGUCCAAUAUAGAAAAACGAUCCGAGAUCAUGGAAAAUGAGCUGCUCAUAGAGUUCAAUUCAGCGUAUCGUCAAAAUGACUUUGAGAAAUUGAGCAGAAUCGCCCUCAUUCUUGAUCGGCUAAAUGGUGGCGUCAACGUCAUUCAAAGUUUCAUCAAUCAGCAUGAAUAUUUCUUGGACGAAGGCCAACUUGAUCACGAUAAACAUGUCACCUUCAGCCAAACCUUCAAAGAAGAAUUAGGUAACCCUGAUUGCCACGGGCCGUUUUACGAGCCUGGUAUAGUUGAAAAGUUAGAAACAAUUAAAGGAGUUGUAAAGGAGGAGUCGGAAAUUGUGCUGAAAGUUUUUGAAGUGAAAUCUCAGCAAGUCAUGCAACUUUUUAUUCAAAGGAUUUACGCGCAGAAAAUUCAGUUCAAUGUUGAAUACUUGUUGAGUGCGUCUUUGACGGUUUCGAACCUCGCAUACGCUAGAAUGUUACAUGCAGUAUACUCCUUGCUUCACCAUUUCAGUAAAGAUCUUUGUGAUUUCUUCCAAAAUUCGAGGAUUGAAAGAAGCGGGCUCAUUGUUGCAACCUUGGAGCAUUGCAAUGCAGAGAUUUUAUCUUCAAAGAUCAAUGAUUUGACAAACUACGCGGUUCUCGAAAAAAGGAGUCUGGAGAGCAUAAUGACAAGAAAAUGUUCAUCUUUUUUAAAUGCGCAUGAGAAGGAAAUUCGAUCUGGCACGUUAUCUAGCAAACUACUCAGUAUACCUCAGCAUGUUGACGAAGCAGAUCCUCUUGCUUCAAAUCGGUCAACAUCUGGCAGAUUUACGCAUUUCAAUAAUCUUUUCAAGCAUUAUUCUGAGAGAGACAAGAAAGGCAUGGCCAAAAUGAGCGAUCAGGGAUAUGACGUUAGCGAACAGCAGACAGCAGAAGAUGAUAAGUUUUCCCUAAAAAUUGUUGACGGUAUGAUGAAGUGUGCCGUGGAAUCGAUAGCCAGGGCUAUGGAAUUGAUCCCAGGCCACAGCUAUCAGUUCUGCUUGAGUUUAGUGGAAAUUCUAUUAUCAGGUACAGUAGGUUCUUACAUUGAAUGUGGUUUGGAGGUCUCGUUUCAUUUACUUUUAAAGUCUGACAUGACCAAAGAUAAAGCCGUUAACUUGUCUCAUUUGGAGUACGUGACAAAAUCUACUGAAAUGCUAAGCUUGGUAUCCACGUCCAUUAAGACGGUUGUUCUUCCACUUUUAGGCAAUACUUCAGCAAUCAAAAAGGAUGUAAUUUCCUUGACGAAUUCAUUUUUGAAGCGCUGCGAGCUCAUGUCAAGUCUAAUCAUCGAAGAGACGAUUGAGGUUUGUUCCAGAAGGUUCGCUUAUUCUUUAUCUAAGCAAAAGAAGAAAGAUUUUUUACCUCGCAGUCAAGACAUUUUGGAUCAGGAUACUCUGCCAGCCUCUGAAAUAAUAUCAGAUUUGAUGAAAAUAUCGACGCAAGUAUCAGUGUUUCUGAAAAACGACAAUUUGAGGGUUUUUUAUGUCACAGUAGGACGACGUCUUUUCAAUAUUCUACUAGAACAUUACAAGAAGUUCCAGGUCAACUCCAUGGGUGGUAUUAUAGUAACAAAAGAUAUAAUCGGAAUUCAAAAUGCCAUCGAGCCGUGGAACAUAUCAGAACUCAAUGAUUGUUUUGCUACACUCAGAGAGCUAGCAAAUCUCUUUUCGGUUCAACCGGAUCUCUUAGAGUCAUUAAUGAAAGAGGGGCAUUUACUAAAGGUGGAGCGUAGUACUAUUACGGAAUAUGUCUACAGGCGAGAAGACUUUAACAAUGAAAGUUUUGUCACCAAGUUUAAGCUAAAUCUCAAAAUAUAG